AUGAAGUUUUUGGAGGACUGCCCCAUACAGACCCUCAUCCCUCUCUAUUUGCUAGCGGGUGGGAUCAUUGGAGCCUUAAAGGUGUCUCUCCUGCUGCAUGACUCUACCAGGAUGAGGCGGCUUGCGGCCAAGGCCGUGGUGAUUGACGACAACCAGGACGAUGAUGCAUAUCCCUGGAGGCAGACUGUGUGCAAGUAUUAUAUCCACCUCAGCCUCAGCCUCUUCCUUUUCCUCUGGUUCCUUUCGGGGAAUUACGGGGCCCUCUCCGUUUACCUGCCUGAUUUUAUUCCCCCUUUCCAGCAGCCUCAAGAUUACUGUGACAAAACCCUGUACCCCUGUGCCGUAGGAGUCCUCGUGCUCAGCCACACCAUGCUGGUCCUGCUCAUCCUGUGCAGUGGGCGUGUCUAUGUGUGGUCCAGGUGGAGAUUCGUUGUCGAUGGAGACUGA